UCCUCUCUCCCUAGAGAUGUUCAUACAGUGUGGCUCUCCAGCUCCUCUCACCUUGGACCUCUGAUUUGACUUCUCUUCACCCUUACAACCUUCAAGCACUCUUCUGAUGUGUUAAGCAACUUUGCUGAACAGUUUGAUGGAGAGCUGGUCGGAUGACAGCUGGAACUGUUGUCAUAACCGGAGGAAUACUGGCCACAGUGAUACUUCUGUGUAUCAUAGCUGUGCUCUGUUACUGUAGACUCCAGUACUACUGCUGUAAGAAGAAUGGGUCUGACAGCGGCUCCAUCUCUCAGCAACACUUUGCCUGCAACGCCUGCAGUGUCUCCGGCCUGGACGGGUCGAUCGUCACCCCACUGUCCGUGUCGCCGCCAGAGCCCCCUGGAUCCUCCGAUUCCACCAAACCCGCAGGGGGGCAACGCAGUUACUGCCCCACCUGCUCACCUUAUGACUCGCCCUUCUACAUCCGUACCACUGAUGAGAUGCGCAACGGUGGCGAGCGCAUCACCUACAUGCCCACACACUACACCAACACCCGAGCCAUCAGCACCGAGGUGUGA